UUUUGAACCUUUAUGUAGUUGCCUGAGCCCUUUCUGAUGCAGACAUCAUGAAGACAGCAGUGACUCUCCUGGCUCUCUCCCUCCUUCAUGUCUGCUCAUCAGCCCCGGCCAGCCGCCCCACCAACUGGCUCAGACAAUGUCGAGCCACCACUAAUAACUCCAUCACCGCACUGGAGGUGCUGCCAGGUGGGGGCUGGGACAACCUCCGGAACAUGGAUAUGGGUCGAGUCAUGAACCUAAGCUACUUCCAGUGCCAGACCACUGAGGAUGGAAUGUACCUCAUCCCAGACGAAGUGUUUGUCAUCCCCCACAAGGAGACAGGCCUGGAGACAAACUCUGAGAUAAUCAGCUCCUGGCUGGAGCAAAAGAGCUCUACAUCCAACUCCAUUAAUGCUGAUGUUUCCUUUCUCAAGUUGCUAAAUGCCAAAUUUUCUAAAGAGAACCAAAGGAUGAAAACUCAUCAGGUCAAAGACUCUUCAACUACAGCCAGAGUACAAGUUCGCAACUUGAUCUACACAGUAAAGGCUUAUCCAGAUUUUAAUCUGGACACCCGCUUUGCUCAACAAGCCAAAGACAUAGCUGAUGCCAUUGAGAACAAUCAAACAAGAAAUGCAGACUAUCUCUCAGAGAGGAUGGUGCUCGACUAUGGAACCCACGUCAUCACCAGUGUCGAUGCAGGGGCUAUCUUGCUUCAGGAAGACUACCUCCGCUCUUCCUAUGUGUCGGACAGUUCGUCAGACAGUUCUACCAUCAAAGCCCAGGCAGGGUUAAACUUCUUUGACAAACUCAAGUUUGACAUAAGCAGUCAAAGCACCCAAACGAGCUCAUCCCUUAAGACAUAUCAGUCCAAUAUUCAGUACUCACUUAUCCAAAGCCAAGGUGGCGGAACGCCUUUUUAUCCUGGCAUCACUCUGCAGAAGUGGCAGGAAAGUACCCGGAACAACCUGGUUGCAAUUGAUCGGUCUGGAUUUCCCCUUCACUACUUUAUCAGCACCAACACCCUCCCUGAUCUGCCACAUCCUACCAUUCACAAAGUGGCAUUUACACUGAGUCAGGCCAUCGAGCGAUACUACCAGGUCAACACCAGGCCCGGAUGUGUCGACAUUAACUCCAAGAACUUCAACUUCCAAGCCAACAUUGAUGAUUCAUCCUGUGAGGGCCCCGCUACAAACCUCAGUUUUGGUGGUGUCUACCAAGAGUGUGUCCAGAUGAGCUCAGAUGCAGGUCCGCUAUGUGAAGUCCUGGCCCAGAAAAACCUUGACACAGGCGGUUUCUCCUGCCGGUCUCCUUACACCCCAACAUUACUGAGAUCAGAAGUGAGACAACAGGGUUACACUUCAUACGAAUGCUUCAGCCAAAGGUAUCGGUGUUGGGGUCUUUUUCAUUGCCAUCGUCAAGUAUGUCAGGACAUGUAUCAUGUCCGUUCUGCCCGCAUCAAUACCAACUGGUGCUCUGUAAACGGAAAGGCCCCGGACAACUCAGGGUAUCUGUUUGGUGGGAUUUACAGCCCUUCUCAACUGAACCCUCUAACCAAUGCCAAAAGCUGCCCGCAAAACUUCAUUCCAGUUAAGUUCCUCUCUGAUGGACAAGUAAUCUGUCUGAGUAAGGACUAUGAGGCUGGCACCAGGUUCUCUGUACCAUUUGGGGGCCUCUUCAGCUGUGAGUCAGGCAACCCACUGUCAGGUUCCAAACGUCACUGCCCCCCCAAGUUCAGCCAGCACCUUGCCUCAGUGAGUGACGGCUGUGAAAUCCUUUACUGUGUCCAGUCAGGGCUGUUCACAGGCGGACAGCUGCUUCCCAUUCGACUGCCUCCUUUCAGUAACCCUUCUCUUGUCAACAUGCAAGCUACAAACACAGUGAUGGUGAUGACUGAAGGAGAUAAGAACUGGGUCAGAGAAGGGAAGACCAAGGCGUGGAAACUGGCCAAACCAGAGGAACUCCAGGAAAUCAUGCAGACACUUAACCCAGAACUGUAUCAGAUGUCCAGUGGAGAGAAGGCCGGGGUAGCCUUUGGGGUGAUUGGUAUGAUGGUGUUGGGGAUAGUAGCGGUGGUCCUGUUGAAGAGAAGGAGGCGGCUGUCUGGGUCAGCUAGAGGCUAUGUGGCGAUUGGAGGAGAGGCUGAACACAACGAGGAAGAGAGAGUGACACAGCAAGACGAGGCCUGAGCAAAAAGUCCGAGCUGAGAGGUUUGGGUUAGGAUGAGGGACAGGGUUAGGGAAGUUUAUGAGAAGCUUUGAUUUCUUUGUUGAUCAUAACUUUGGAAUGAUUGUCAUAGUUAUGUUCCCAUAGAGCGCUCCGACUUUAAAUCUAUUCAACUUUACAUUAAGAUUUUUUCUUCUAAUGUUUGUGAGACCUACCCUACCAAUUAUUUACAUUCAAAAACUGCUUAUGAUGGUUAAUGUAAAAGUUUUACUGACACAGUUAAUGGAAGAAAUUUUCUCAGCGCAUGAUAUGCACUUUAAGCCUUUGUCUGGUAUAAGUAAUAUUUGAAUAAUGCAUUACAGUAGAAAUUGUACAAUACCGUUUGGUCUCAUGAACUGCAAUCUGCUGUUUGUAAGUACAAAAGAGAAGACAUUACCACGUCAACAGUGAGACAAUACUGCCCUCAUGAGGCCAGGAUGCCCAAUGUCAUGUAAUAAACUGUGUUCUCUUCAGUGCUAUGCUCAAAUCUCAGGAUUAAAAAACAUGUUUAUGGUACUUUUUUAAAACAGAUAAUCAAGAGAAAAUGUUUGAAGCAUAUUUUGUGAUUAAAAAAAUCAUUAGUUUAUAAUCUUUUGUCAUUUUUUGUGUUAUGUAUGUCAGCAUAACUCAUCUGCACAGCACUUCGUAUUAAAGUCAUGUAAAACAA